AUGGCAGAUAUUGGAAAUUAUUACCCAUGCUCUAAUAUAUCUAUUAUUCAACUGUUUCAUGAACUAAAACAAAAAUAUCCUACAGUACCUGACCAAAUUGUUUCUAAAAUUAUUCAAAAGAAUUGUCACGACAAAAGUACAUGUGAAGCUAUUCUUGAAAAAGAAAAUCAUGCUCAUCUCUCAAGUUACCCAAAAGCUUUAAUUUCAAAAAAUUGUAACAAUUGCACUGAUAAAAGAUUUCAUAGUCAUCCUUUGGAUGCCUCUCCUAGACAAUCGAGUUGUGACUCUUAUGAAUUAGCUAUAAUUAAUAAUAAUAAUUCAAGCAAAAAAAUUCUAAACACGGAGAAAAAUUCUCUUUUAUUUUCUGAUAAAAAAAAUGUCAUUGAUCGUAGAAAGAGCUUAGAUGAUUUGAUUUUUUUAAAAGAAUGUCCUGGAAGAAAUAAGAAGCUUAAUUUAUUUUUAAAACCAGAAGAAAAUAAUUUACAUAUAAAAAGAGAUGAAAAAGACUGUGUAACUGAUGGUAUAUCAGGAUUUAAAGGUUCAUUUAUGAGCCAAGAAGAAGACAAUAACGAUUGUUCUAGGCAAAAGUUAAAUCUGGAAUUUACUAUGUCUAAAAAUAACUUUUUAAAAUGUGAUAAUGAUAAAAAGAAAAAUUUUUCUGUAAGAUCUCUUACAUGCAAUGCAGAAAAUAAUGGUGAAUUCAGUAAAUCAAAAACUAUCGAAUGGAAACAAGAUACAGUGGAAGUGCAAUAUUCCAUGCAUCCGAGCACACAGAGCGAAAAAGGACGUAAACAAAAAUCUUCCACGACAGUGAAUUUAAGUUUGCGACCUCCUUCGUCUCAUACUCAUGAUUCGAACGAAAUGAAAUUAGAAAAAAAUUUUACUUACACAACUUCAUCAUUUGAUGAGAAAAAAGGGAUUCAAUCGGAGUUUAAAAUAAUAAUUGCUCCCGGUGGAACCGACAGAAUAACUGAAUUUAGAGAUUCCAUGUCAUUUCCUCAAAUGAGAUAUCUCUGCAGGUCAUCAAAUUGCACAUCCCAAAUUACUUGUAAUUUUUUUUGCCGCUGUAGUCUUCGUCUUAAAGCUUUAUUGGAAAAACAACGACAGCAAAAAUACUUAUUGGCAGAAGAACUUCGAAAAGAGCAGGAAAAACUUUUUUCCAUCAAAAACGAAAUCAAAUUGAUGAAAACAUUUAUUACUCAAAAGAAUAAUCUUCCUGUUUUUUUAAAGGAUGUUGAUAAAUUAAGAAUUGAAUGCAAAAAAUUAGCUUAUGCAGUGGAUCUCUAUUCCGACACACAAAAUUUUUUACCUUUAGGAGAAACAAAUGAAGAAUUUUAUAACAACAUUUAUACUGGGCAGGUUUUACAAAGGGAAGAAUACUGGAACUGCCAAUUGUGUACAUUCCGUAAUCAUCCUCUUUUAAAUGUGUGUGAAGAAUGUGAAAUGCCACGAAUCAUAUUGGGUAUUCAAAAGGAUGUCGAGUCUAACUUGCCUGUUUGUGAUAGCUCAUCUUAUUCCACUGUAAUAUUAUUAUUAUUUUAUUCUACUUAG